AUGGCUAUGGCAACCCAAGCAUCACUCUUCACCCCAAACCUCUCCACCCCAAAAUCUGGCAGCCGUGCCCUUGUUCCCUGGAAACCAUCCUCAUCAUCCUUCUCCUUUGCUCCCAGGGCAGUCAAUCUGUGUGUGUCACAGAGAACCAUUCGAGCUUCAGCUGCAGAAGGAAAAACUGAAGCUCCUGAGAAGAAGGCCCCUGUAGGAUUCACCCCACCUCAACUGGAUCCAAGCACUCCCUCCCCAAUCUUUAGUGGCAGCACAGGUGGCUUGUUACGAAAAGCACAAGUGGAAGAGUUCUAUGUUAUCACAUGGGAAUCUCCCAAGGAACAGAUAUUUGAGAUGCCAACUGGGGGUGCUGCCAUUAUGAGGGAAAGUCCUAACCUGCUCAAAUUGGCCAGGAAGGAGCAGUGUUUGGCACUUGGGACUAGACUGAGGUCCAAGUACAAAAUCAAGUGCCAAUUCUACAGGGUCUUCCCUAAUGGUGAGGUUCAAUACCUACACCCCAAGGAUGGAGUCUACCCUGAGAAGGUCAACCCUGGCCGCCAAGGGGUCGGCCAGAAUUUCAGAUCUAUUGGAAAGAAUGCUAGCCCUAUUGAGGUCAAGUUCACUGGCAAACAAGUUUAUGAUAUUUGA